AUGAAAAGAAACAGAAAAAGACAACGGAAUUGUAAAAACCCAUUUAAUAAAAAUAGAACAAAUGUCAGAACAAAGAAAGAAACAAAAAAUGAUUAUGGAUCAAAUAGCGCUGCCCCAGAUAUGGUACCCGAUGAGUUAGAGAGGGCUAAAAAAUAUUUUCUUGAGAAUUUGAAUAUCUUGACUAUGAACAAACCGCAAAUCGAACGAGAUACGAAAUUUCAGAGAGAUUGCAGUGACUGGUUGGAACUGAGAAAACAAAUGGUAACAGCGUCCAAUUUUGGGAAAUUUUUUAAAAAGCGUCCGAACACAUCUACAGCAAACCUUGUAAAAAAUUUGUUGUAUACAGAAAACAUUGCCCAUGUAGCAGCCGUAGCUCACGGUGUAGAAAAUGAAAAGCAGACGGACCAAGAUGGCGUCCAGGGAAUCGAGCUGCCAUCAAACGAUGCCUCAAUGUUAUCUACGCAACCACAGUCAACACAGCAAGCACCAUCUGGUAGCCAGAAGACAGGCAAACGAAGAAUAGAUGAUGAUAUAAAUGAAUUGUUUGAAAUUGUUAAAUCCGCGAAAGAAAAAAUGGUUGAAUUUAAAGAUGAGUAUGAUAUCUAUGGCCAGUACGUUGCUUCAGAAUUAAGAGCGACAAAAAAUGAGAAUGCAGUACUUCAGGCCAAGUCUUAUAUUAAUGACAUAUUAAUAGAUGCAAGGAUGGGAAAGUACAAUUACACUUUACGGGCAUCAAAAUCAUCUAGGAUCUGA